AUGAGAUUAGCUUUUCCGAACCCGGGACUUGAUCAGCGGAUCUGCAACCAUGAGGAUCUUGACAGGAUGGAGAAAGAGGAAGUUGAAAACAGACCCAAGUGGGACAACAAAGCUCAGUACAUCCUGACAUGUGUGGGCUUUUGCAUCGGGCUUGGCAAUGUGUGGCGAUUCCCCUACUUGUGUCAAAGCCAUGGAGGAGGAGCCUUUUUGAUCCCCUACCUGCUCCUCUUAGUAUUAGAAGGAAUGCCCCUUCUAUUGCUGGAAUUUGCGAUUGGUCAGCGCCUCAGGAAGGGUAGCGUGGGAGUGUGGCGUGCCAUUAGUCCUUACCUGACUGGUGUUGGUAUCGCCUCCAUGCUGGUGUCAUUUUUAGUUGCUCUGUAUUACAACACUCUAAUAGCCUGGAUCAUGUGGUACCUCUUCAAUUCUUUUCAAAGCCCACUGCCUUGGACCCAGUGUCCUCUGAAUGAGAAUGCGACAGGUUAUGUAGCAGAGUGUCAAGAGAGCUCCACAGUGGACUAUUUUUUCUACCGAGUAACACUCAACAGCUCAACCUCCAUAUCCGACUCUGGGGGGCUCCACUGGCCUGUAGUAGUGUGUCUUUUUGGUGCUUGGACUGUGGUCUGCAUUUGCUGCAUCAGAGGAAUAAACACCUCGGGCAAGGCUGUGUACAUCACGGCCAUCCUGCCAUAUGUAGUACUGUUAAUCUUCCUGGUACGUGGACUAACCCUGAAAGGAGCCUUUAGUGGUAUUCAGUUUCUCUUCACUCCAAAGGUGGAAGAGUUGAUUGAUCCGUCAACUUGGCUGGAUGCAGGGGCCCAGGUCUUUUACUCGUUUGGUUUGGCAUGGGGGGGCCUCAUCUCUUUCUCCUCCUACAAUCCCGUUCACAACAACUGCGUUCAAGAUGCUGUGAUUCUGUCGGUUGUCACUGGCCUGACUUCCGUGUAUGCUGCCACAGUUACAUACUCCAUCAUUGGCUUCAGGGCCACUGAGAAAUAUGAAAUGUGUUUUAGCGAUAACAUCAUGUCAUUAAUAAAUGGAUUCAACCUUCCUGAGGGCAGCAUCACUCCAAGCACUUUUGAUUUGGCCGUAAACCAUCUGAAUAGCUCAGAUCCAGGGACUCUUCUUGAAUUGGACUUGAAAACCUGCGAUAUACAAAAAUUCCUCAGUGAGGGAGUGGAGGGAACAGGUUUGGCAUUUAUUGUUUUCACAGAGGCCAUCACCAAGAUGCCCGCUUCUCCAGUUUGGUCUGUUCUCUUCUUCAUCAUGCUUGUCUGCUUGGGGCUUUCCACCCUCUUUGGUAACAUUGAGGGAGUGGUGGUUCCCUUGAGAGACUUAGGUGUUUUUCCCAAAAAAUGGCCCCAUGAAGCCCUGACAGUGAUAACGUGUUUAGUGGCCUUUGUCAUUACCCUCCUCUUUGCUUUACAUUCUGGGAUUUAUUGGCUUGCACUUUUUGACAAAUUUGCUGGAUCUGUUCCACUUCUGACAGUCGGAUUCUUUGAAAUGAUUUCCGUUUCCUACAUAUACGGCAUUGACAGGUUCAAUGCGGACGUGGAGUUCAUGACUGGACGAAAACCUUCAUUUUUCUGGCAGGUUACGUGGAGGUUCAUAAGUCCUCUCAUUGUCUUGGUCAUCCUAAUUUUCUACCUGAUAACCCAAGCCCAAGAAAAGCUCACCUAUUUAGUCUGGGAUCCCAGUUCUGUAACGUUCCCGUCAUUGUCAUCUGAAGCCUAUCCCUCAUGGAUCAAUAUAAUGAUUUUUCUUUUAGCAGGGGUUCCCAGUUUGAUUGUGCCAGUGUAUGCUUUGUGUAGGUUUAUUUUUGUGUGCUGCAGGAGACAAAUAGACUGAAUAAUAUAUCAUUUGCUUUGUUUUAUGUGCUUUCAUU